AUGCCCGCCAAAUCCAAAACGAAGAACAAGUCAAUAUGGCGUUCCGACAAUGCACAGCACUUCCAGCUCGUCCAUCGAUCGCAGCGUGACCCGCUGAUCAACGAUCCAGAUGCGGGUGCUCAUGUGCUGCUCUCCUACGACCCGGCCAACCAGUCUCGCGCCAAGGGCAAGACUCGAGCAGAACUCGAAUCCGAUGCGUCGGUCAUUCGUGACAAGUAUGGCAAGCCGAUCCGAAGCAACAUCGGCGAAGCAGCCAACUACGGUGUUUACUUUGACGAUACCGAAUACGACUACAUGCAGCACUUGCGGCCGAUCAACGACGACGAGAAUGUGAAACGAGGUGGAGAAAAUGUCGACGAGACCGUUGAUACCAUUUUGGUCUCUUCGAACGCUGCAAGCAAGAGCAAGGGCAAGGGCAAGGAUAGCUUUGCGUUGAAGGACGCCGGUGAUCAGGGCAAGAAGGAGCCUGGCCUCAACUUGCCCGCCUCUGUACUGCCCUCGCAAAAGGAGGUGCCGUUUAGCUUUACAUCGCACCUCGCCAUCGAGCCAUCUCUGCAAGGCUUCCAGCCGGAUAUGGACCCACACCUGCGCCAAGCGUUGGAAGCGCUCGACGACGAAGCUUUCGUAGAUGACGAUCUCGACGACGACUUUUUCGGUGCAGUAGUACAGGACGGCGAAUGGGACGGUGUCGUCCGAGACGAUGAUAGCUGGCGAGAGCAAGCACCAGAGGGCGACGAGGCGAUCUGGGCUGACGCAGCUUCGCAGGCACAAAAGGAGCUCGAGCAGAACGGUGAGGAAGGCAUGUCGCUCGAAGCACGCGUAGCCUUGUUCAAGAAGCAGCAGGAGCAAGCACGCAACGCCAGGCCCGCAUCCGAUGACGGAGCCGAGGAGGACGAAGACGAAGAUCGAGACCAGCUUGCGUCCCUGCGCGGUGGGUCAAGAGCAGGCACCAUGUACACUGUCGGUGGCUCUGCGAUCGGCAAGAAAGGUCGACCGGGUGCGCUGGCGAGGAGAGCAGCCAGCACCAAAGCGCCCUCGAUUGGCGGGGGCAGCACUGCCUGGUCGAUGAGCUCUUCGGCCAUGUUUAGGAACAAGGGCCUCUCCGACCUCGACGACCGUUUCACGCAGCUCGGCAAGAAGUACGGCAUUCGCGAAGACUUCGACCCCUCGCUCGAGUCGCUCGAGGACGAGGAGUUUGUCGACUCGGACGGCGACGAGGCAGGCGAAGAGGUGACUCGUCAAGAUUUCGAGGAGAUCAUGGACGACUUUCUUGCCAAGUACGAGACCAAGCACGGCAAGCUGCGCGAAGCCCUCGGCGGUGUCGAUUCGACCUCGGUCGAGAAGUUGACCAUCUUGCGUCAAGCGUUGGGUAAAGCGCGUAUCGAAGGACGCGAGUGGGCGGGCAAGGACCAAGACGAAGGCAAAGGAGAGGGGGAUCUGGGUGACUACGAGGACUAUGAAUCGCCGGAUGAGGAGAUUGUCGAUCCUAUCCCACGCAGUCACAUGCGCGAGAAAUGGGAUGUCGAGUCGAUUCAGACGACCAAGACCAACCUGGAGAACCACCCGAGGACGAUUUCGGCCAAGGAGAGCGUGUUUGGAGGCAGCAACGCCUCUGCCUUCCGCCCCGGCAGCGUUGCAGCUGGAAGCGCAGUCAACAGGAACAUGCUGGGCAACGGCAUGGCACCAAGCAUGACGAGCUACACCAGCCAGCGUCCCUCGGCAUCGGCAUUCCUCAACGACGAGGAGAGGCUGCCAAAGAUUCGCGUCAACCCGCGCACUGGCUUCCCGGAGAUCGUCGGCUACUCGAAACCACGUAAUACCAACGGCAAGAAGAAGGCCACGCCAGAGCCUAACUCUGUCGCUGAUGAGCUCGACCCGGACCAUGACGACGGUCGCGGUCCACCUUCAGGCAGCGACUCGGGCUCCGACACCGAAGACGGCCAAGGCUCGGACUACGAUUCCGACGCGACGGAGGGAGGCGAGCUGGCAAGACGGCUGUCCACCAUAGCAGUUACUGCCAAGCGCGAUCGAAAUGAGAGCAAAGAAGAGAGGAAGGCGCGCAAGGAAGCGCUCAAGGCCAACAAGCAGGAACGCAAGGAACGCAAGAUGAAGACGAAACAGGCGUUUGCCAGUGAGAAGAAGAAGCAAUCAAAAGCCGAGAGGGGUAGAAAGGAGACCGAAGGUGGUCCCGCCGGUAUGCGUCUUCUCUGA